CUCGCGCGAGCUCAGUGUUGUGAAGGUCGUAGUGUGAGCAACAUACCUGCGACAUUUUUGUUGGUGGUGGUGUAGUGUAGUACAACAUAUACACACGCACACAACCGCCUACACACUCACACACCCACAUACACACACAAACAACCUGUCUGGUAGCAAAGAUGGGUAGCAGGUGGAUAAGGUUGCUAGUGGUUGCAGUGGCGGUGGCUGCUUUCGGACAGGUGGCGGCACAGGAAGACAUGUGGCCGCCGCUGUCUGAGUCCUUGGUAGACGCGGCGGAGGAAUGGUUUGGGUCCCCGACAGAGAGAGCAGCUGAAGGACUCCCCAGACUGCUGAUGGGAGACAAACUUGACGACCUUCAACCAACGAAGGCAGAGGAAUGGACGUGGAUCUACCUGCCGUCCACAAACGAAAAAAUAGUGGAAAACAAGAAGUGUCGAGAUGACGUGAGCUCCAUCCUAAAAGUCUUCAACACCCCUUCGAUCUUAAGCUUGUUGGUGUUAAAGCAGCACUUCUGGCCCAUGCUUUUACCUGACUCAUGGGGGAAGAUGCCUGACGGGGUCCUGUACGGCAACACCCAACCCUGGGGAAUGAUGGAGGAAUGUACAGGUCUUCACGUUAAGGAGUUGAUUCCUGGAGUACUUCACCCACUUCUUAACACCACCUUCAACGGGAAGUACUGCGCCAUAGCUUACAGUUCCUUAAAUACCUCAUUUGAGGAGGAGGAGGACGUGAGAAAACAGAAGACUCAGAUGUUGUGGGGGCAGCCGCCAGGGGUAGAACUGUACUCACCUGUCGACUUACCGUUCGCCCACUACGGCACCUGUAUGCCUUCCUCCUGCACCGAAGAGGACUCUCAGUGCUCGUAA